AUGCCUCACAGCAAGGCAAAUGCAGUAGAGCAUAAUCGCAACAACUGCAGCGAGGUCGACGACAAGCGCAACGAGCACACCGCCGCGAAUAUCAAGAGCGAAGAUGGAGACAGCAGCGCCAUCAACAACAGAACCAACCCGAGACCGCCCCAACCUCCGGCAAAGAAGUGCACAAACCCCAAGUGCAAGAUCAUGACUUGCCAGGGCACGGAAUGCAAGCCAAUCGCGGGAACCAAGCGCAAAAACGAAACUGAAGACAGCAACCCGGCGCCAGCGAAGAAGGAUAAACCCCUUCACGAACUCAUCCACAUCACGGCUUCGAUGUUUAACAGCUGCCAGGCGCCGCUCCAAUACUGGAACUACCCACCCAGUACAGCAGGCCGCCUUCACAAAAGACAUUGGUCCGCGUUGGAUUUAGCGACUAGGGUCUUCAACCACGACCUCGCCAACAUCGUCUUUGCCUGGGGUGAGAAGCACGAUAUCAUGGCUAUGCUCUUCCAGACUCCAACGUCGACGCAACUCAGCGGCGAUAUGUCUUCAUACACCGAGUGCCGAAGAGUCCGGGAUCGUCUCAAGCCUGGAGACAACAACACCUCUCCAGUCUGGCCGACUUUCCAUGAAGCAAUGAUAGCGAUGCUUCUUUUUGCCAACAAACCGCCUUUGCGGUGGAAAGAUUGCUCGGCUUGGACAAAGCUUAUCACCCAUCUCUGCUCGUACGACUCGGGCAAUCCGACGAUGAUAACUGUUCUGGACGAACUCCUUACCGCAGCUGGACGACGGCGACUCGCUACCAAGACGGCCUGCCCAGCUGAUACCACAGCAACACAGACAGCAGCAGUCACCAAAGCUGCCACCAAGUAUCAGGUGCCCGACCACCACCAGAAGCUAUUUGACUACGCUCUCGACACGGCCAAGACGAACAAUCUCCGAUCAAGAUUGCAAAUGCGAGGCCUCGCCAUCGAGCUGGACAAUCUCGGAUGGGAGGAUCUGGCGAGAUACGGCGAGAAAAUGUUCGACACGACGGUCGCAGAGGAUGACCGCAAGCAGAUUCGAUCGAAACUAGUCGCCGAACUGGCGGCAAGAAUGAACGGCGACUCUAGCACCCUUCUGCCGCCGCACUACACAUUCACGUGCGAAUGCGGAAUCCAAACAACUUUCCAAAGCGGCGUGUGGAUGCCGAAGCACAAAACGGCCACGACGACUGACGACAAGCAGGCUACGGCAGAGAAGGAAGGCAUAGUUCAAAGGGUUUGA